CUCGCACUCAAACCCAAAACAUUCGUGCGGUUCGUUCGCUAUUCCUCUUUGCUACGCACCCAAAUAUUCAAAUUAAAAGAAGCAAUUCCCAAAUAUUGAACUUGUAAACAAUUUUCUCGGCCAAAACUAUCGUCACACAAACCCCAAAACAUGGUUCGUUUCGGUGGAUGUUUCCCUUCGUCACGCAUCUAACUAACCCUAGAUCUUUUGAUUAUUUAGGAAGUGGGAGUUCAUUUGAUCAGAGUUCUGGCAAUCCUCGUUUAGGAAUGGAUAUGACAAGGAGAGUGACUAGUAAUCAGAAUCAUAAUGAUGCAUCUAGCAGUAUGACUAUCAAAACUGAUGAUGUGGGACCUUGGUCAUAUCUCAACCAUGAUGUGCUUUUGUUAGUCAUGAUGCAACUUGGAGUGAUCGAUUUUCUUGCAUUCAGUGGGGCUUGCAAGUCAUGGAGAUCAGUAGCACUCAGUAAUUGGAAAACAUUUAUGGCAUCCAAACCACCAAUGCUGAUGUUGAUCCCUCCCAUUGGUAAUAAUGAUAGGCAAUGCUGGCUAGUGGAUUCUGAAGGAAAAGAGUUCAGAACCAUAAUUCCCCAUUCUGCUGGCUGGGGAUGUGUUGGAUUAACUUCUGGGUACUUGAUCUUGUUGAGGAGGAUAACGUAUGACUUCUGGCUUGUGAAUCCUAUCACUAGGCAUGAACUUCAUUUCCCUCCUGCUCCUUGUGUAUCUGAUUAUGUAUCAAAAAUCACUUCUGUCCUUUUCUUUUCACCUUCAAUAUCUAAAUUGGUGUUUGUUAUCUUAGCCGGUAAUCAAAUAUGGUUUUCUAUAGAGAAUGAGGGAGCAUGGAAUUUUGUUUCCUCCACUUUCGACUUUACCUUUAAAGAUUUACAUGUUUUUAAUGAGAGGAUAUAUAGUGUAAGUAAUAGAGGUCAUUUUUGCGAACUCACACUCGAGCCUGAGCCCAAACUGACUUUACUAGAAACCAAGAAUCUUCUUGAUAAGGACUUAUCUUUCCAUGAGCUUGUAAGUUGGGGUGAAAAUAUUUAUGUGAGGGAAAACUUGAAGGUUUAUAAAUUAGAUUUUGGUGAAGUGGAAUGGGUGCCUUUUCAAUAUACAGAAGACGAACAUGAUUUUGCUUUCUUUAUUAGCCACUUGAGUCAUGGUGCUGCUGCUACACCAGAUUCGUGGGGGUCACAUACUGAGAGAUAUGCUGUUUAUGAAGGAGGCGGAAAUGGAAGGUUCCUUAUUGCAGUUCAAUGCGGGACCCGGAAAGAAUUAAAUGGAAAGAUGAAGUAG